AUGCCGGUUCCAAUGUAUGCUGAUUCAACUUCGAAUAUUAAACAGCAAUCAAAAGCAGCAGAAGAACUCAGAAACAUUGAUGUGAUAAUUUGUGAUGAAGCACCAAUGGCACCGAGAUACUGUUUGGAACUAGCUGAUCGAACCUGCCGUGAUAUAAUGAAUAAUAAACUACCUUUCGGUGGGAAAAUUAUGCUCAUGGGUGGUGAUUUUCGGCAAUUAUUGCCAGUACUGAAAAAUGGUACUCGGAGUGAAAUGAUAAAUUUAUCAAUUAAAUUCAGUAAACUAUGGGAAAAUUUUAAAAUUUUUUCUCUAUCACAAAAUAUGAGAACUUUACCAGAAGAAUCAGAGUUCGCUAAAUAUAUACAAGACGUUGGAAACGGCACAUUAAAUGAUAAUAAUGACAAUUUAGUAAUUCCUCAAGAAUGUUUAGCAAAUAGAAACGAUGAUAUAGUAGAGGUUAUUUUCAAAAAACUAAUAGAUAAACGUAAGUAUGAAAGUUUAUCGAAAGUUGCUGUAUUAUCAGCCAGACAUAUUGAUGUAGAUAAUAUAAAUGAUAGAGUGGUGCAAUUGUUGGACAAAGAUACAGAAAAAAAUGGGUUAAAAAUGGUCAGAAAGAUCUGA